AUGAAACCUUAAGCUAUAUUUUAUGAAAAUUAUAAUUUUUAUUUGUUUGUUAAUUUAACGAUGUCGAAAUGGCUAGAUUUGAGUCUGACUUACAACUCGAUUAAUUUUAAAUGUUAACAACCACAAUCACGUAGUCCCAUGAACAGUGUUUUUGAGAUAGAAGGAAAGAGAUUAUAUUUGGGAAAUAUUAAUGCAGCAAACGAUUCUUAAUAUCUAAAGCAUCAUAAUGUGGGAGCAGUAUUAUCUAUAAUUGACACAAGUGAUAUUAAACUAGACAGAUCAAUCAUUCACCUAUGGAUUGCAGCUGAAGACAGAGAAGAUGUCCAAAUAUCUAGGUAUUUCGACUAGGCAGCCAACUUCAUUAAAGAUCACUUAUAGCAUACUAAUGUCCUAGUUCAUUGCUAUGCUGGAAUAUCUAGGUCUAGUUCUUUGAUAAUCGCUUAUUUGAUACGACAUGCAGGAUUUUCUUUAAAAGAUGCUAUUAUCAAACUUAAAAGUUAAAGACCUCAAGUAGAUCCUAAUGAUGGAUUUAUGGAGUAACUUAAAUAGUUUGAAGUGAAAGUUAGAAACGAGAAACAAUGUAAAAGUGAAAAUGGAACUAAGAGUGUGAGUAAAUUCUUAAAUAUAAGCACAAGUAUUGAAAAAAGUAAUAAUAAUUUUCAAUAGAGCAACAAAAGCAUAUAGAAUUAUAAUAUAUACAGCAGGCUGAACUCGAUCACUAAUAUUAAAGAAAAACAAUAGCAUGUCUAAAAUGUUACAAUUCAUAAAGCAAAGACUUCAUUUUUAGAUAAAACUUGCAGUCCAACUAACUUAAGUACAACUAAUAAAAAUGGGAAAUCAUUCAUUUUGAACAACCUUCAUGAAGAUCCGUUAAAACAAUAUUAGAAAAUCAAGAACUCUUAAAACCUGUUAAAUUAAUAGAUAUUGGGGAUGAAAAAUAUUUAUAGCCAGCAUGGAAGAUUUCACUCAAUGAAUAAUUGAAACUUCUUUUCAUUUUUAUUUAUUGUUAUUAAAGACAAAUUACAAAA